AUGCCUUGGGUCCAUGGAGAUGACUAUACGAUGCAAAAAAAUGCUGAGCUCAAGCAUUUGCUCCUUCUCCGCCGCCUCCCUUACUCUGGCACAAAAGCAAAGAUGACUUCGCGCCUAAUUGCGCACGACCUUCAUCAUCCGUUUCCUUUCCAGAAACUCCCAGCUGAGAUCCGCAAUGAGAUCUAUAAAUUAGUCGCUUCACAAGAGGUGCUCGAUUUGUCAGGCUCCAAGCAGCCAGGCAAAGGACACACAGAGGGUCUUGAAGGCUUCAGCAGAUUCGAGGGCUUGAUGGUCAAUUCCAGCCUCUUCCGUGCCUGUGAGCAGACACGUGCCGAAGGCCUCAUGAUCUUCUACGGGUACCACCACUUCGAGCUUGCCGUUGAACACGGCGGUUGCUUCCUCGCCAUUCUACUAUGGCUCCAGAACAUCGGUCAUUUCGGUCGGAAGAACAUCCGCCAUCUGAACAUUAGCUACGUCACCAAGUGCUCGAGCCUCGACAUGCGACACAUGGACCAAAUCCACGAGAAGCUCUCCGAUCAAGCCACCGUCACUUAUACUUCCCACGACUACCCCGGCUUGCUCUGGAAGAUUGGAGAUCUUUACGAGCGGCGCAACUACAGGAGGGUUCCGGUUUUCCGGAUCGGUGGAGCCGAUGGGGAAAUCACGACGUACCGAUACACGAUCAACUUUGACGAUCUGUAUCGCGGUUGGGGCCGGUUGCAGUACUCACUAGUGUUCUAUCCCGGCAAGUCAUGGUUCGGCCAAAGAACCACGCGCUGUCGCCACUAA